AGGUCAAACCGGAAGUACUCUUCUUAUUCCGGUUGCAGCCAGCAUGGCGGCCGACGCAGACGACAGUCAUUACUUUGUGAGAGAAAUUGAGAAGAACGACGGCUGUGUCUUAAAGGUGAAGCAGUGCUACUUGGGAGAUGUCGGCUGUGUCGUCUGGGAUGCCGCCAUUGUUCUGGCGAAAUAUUUAGAGACGAAGCAGUUUCAUGACCCGUCCUCAGGGGUGAACGUGUGGGCUGGCAGGAGGGUAGUGGAGCUAGGAGCUGGGACAGGAGCUGUUGGUCUGAUGGCAGCAUCACUGGGAGCUCAGGUGACUGUGACAGAUCUUGAGGAUUUGCAGACCCUCCUGAGGGUGAACAUCCAGGAAAACCAGGCACUUCUCAGUAGCGGAUCAGUUACUGCCAAGGUACUGCAAUGGGGUGAGGAUGUGUCUGAGUUCAUGCCACCCCCACAUUAUAUCCUAAUGGCAGACUGCAUCUAUUACGAGCAGUCAAUUAUUCCGCUGGUGGAGAGCCUGAAGCUGCUCUCCGGACCAGACACCUGCAUUAUUUGCUGCUACGAGCAGCGCACCGAGGGCGUCAACCCAAAGGUGGAAAGGCAGUUCUUCAAGUUGCUGCAACAAGACUUCAGCUGUGAGGAGAUCCCAUCAGAGAAGCAAGACCCUGAGUUUAGCUGUCCAGACAUCCACAUCCUGCACAUCCGAAGAAAAGUCUGAGUUUGUGUGGUAAAACUUGUACGUACGGUUAUCAAUGUUCCAUCAUAAUGCCGUAUGAAAAUCAGAUUGUGAAAUGGAAUAUUUAAAGUAUGUGUGGACUAUUCAAUGUGUCUUCAUUUCUGCACCUUUUUUUAAAACAUUUUUUUAAAACACUGUCCUGAUGUAUGAUUGGAAUAAAAAUAAAUAAAAAGUGAACCCAUAAUAAAAAAUUAUUUCUCAUACA